GAGCAGCCCAUCAGUUGCGGCAGUGAGCGGAAAGUGAGAAGGUGCUUCCGGUGGACACACAUUCCCGGUGGAUGUUAAGUAGGCACUUGCAGGCAAAGUGACAUUCCGAUCGUUGACUGCUUUUUCCUACUUUACAUUGAGUCCAGGAUUAAUCAACGUAGCUCUCCGUUUAAAUUCUCCAUUUUCCAUCAGAGUGUGAGUGAAUGUGUGUAUGUUUGUGCGAGUGUAUGUAUAGAUACUAGUGUUCGUACGGGUAUAUAGGUUGGUGUGUUUAACUGAUGCAUCAGUUAAAACAAAAAGCUCCGUCAGAGGAGAGCUUCUCAUUGGAACGAAAAAGGUGAUAUUAAUUUCAACUCGAGGUAAACAUUGAGAUGCUUCUCACAUUCCUCCAGCAUGUGCUACACAGGCAAGUUACGCCAGCAGGACACGUUUUAGUAAACUCCAACCGUUCAAAAGCUACCACUUUUCGUGGUUGGGUAUUUAACGGAAAGUAAUAUCUUUACCUUCUACAGCUAGCAGCUGGACCCCGAACGGGGCUAGUCGUUUCCGCACACCUCUCAGAACUAAACCGAACGGAGUUGCAAAGUAUGCUAAGUAUAAGUAUUUUUAAUAGCAACAGAUGUUCCCAACCCGACGCUGGAACCAAACCAAUCGAGCGCGAACCUGAAAUGUGAUGUCGGCAAGUGAAAGUUAGGUGCGAAAUGCUCCAGACCACGCACGCUUCCCACCUACCCUAUCCACCGGGGGUACGGAUCACGAGUACUGCUCUAGCCGGCGCUGCUCCAGGUGGGUAGAAUAUAAACGGGGCUCCAUCCAGCGUCUCGAUCCCAUUUUUGGAAAAAGAGAAAGUUUUAAUUGCUUCAAGAUCAGCAUCCGGUCUUAACAGUAAACGAUAGGGGACGCCGGUUGAAUGUAUGUACAGCUAGCUCUGGGAGAGCUGAUUAUGUGUAGGAUCAUACGUUGCUUACCCGUGUGCGAGAGUGGUUUCUGUUGCAUCAAAGGUAAAUUAUUUGCAUCGCUUCGCUUUUGGGAAGGUGUCAGCCGUCAUGUUGGUGGUGUGUUGGUUCCGGUCACGGUCAUUGGUUAGGGUUUCCAAGCGAUUGAACUUUUUUAACAUUUUAAUGCUUUCAAUGUGUUUGUUAACAGCUUACAUAGCUGCAAGGGUUAUAUUUUUAACAUUUGAAAACAAUUAAAUAUUCAAGAAUAACUUUCAAAACUUUUAUAAGCCAUUUUGUAGCAUUUGGAUGCAGCAUAAUUAAAAAAAAAAUACCGGGAAGAGAUCAAGCUAAUUGCACAUUUAAACUUAAAAGGAAAUGAUCUCAAUUCUUGGUACAGCAAGCACUACACCUCCUCUCAAGACAAUUUGUAAAAGUAAUUAGUGCGAACGGUAAAUCGUUCUCCACGACCAUCUGAAUGUUUGAUAUGCUUUGCAGACGGUAAUCAUGCAACACCGGUAUACAGUUUAAAUGGCCGGUUCGCUAUGGUAUUAGAGAUAUGGACGUUUUCGUCGAUUUGUAGUACAGUUAGGUAACAUCAAAUUCUGUCCCAAGAACCCUUAAGCUCUUGGGAAAUGAGUUGAUAAAUGUUUAAUAUUGUUCAUCAAAUUUGAAUUUAAAAUACAGCAAUCUAACGAAUGAAAGUCUUCGAGGGUGGUCACACUCAUUAGUUUUCUUUCUUAAGUCCCAUACAAUUUAUACUGGGAUUUAAUUAACGAUGUCAUCUUUUUUUAAAUUUAAUAUAAUAUAUUGUACAUUAAUUCUCAUACAUUAUUAUUGCAUAUCUCGUCGCACAAUCAUCUUCGUUGGGUCUUCGUUUUAUCUGAUGAUGAAGGCGCACAGAGUAUUUGAAGUAUAAUGCGGUUAUAGUUUAUUUUAUUUGUAUUACAUUUUAUUCACUUCAAUAACGAAAGCUCUAGUAAUCCUGCCAUUUUUUGCUGAUGUGUUGUGAACGAUUUAUAUUUGAAUUUAAAAGUACAGUCAAUCGCAAUGUGGUAUUAACGAUUGUCAGAAAAAUACCAUACAUAUGAUCCAAAUCAAUAAAUUUUUUUUACUGAAUUACUCGAAUUAGCGGUUGGCUACAAAGAACAUAAAUCAAAUUUACUGUAAAAAAAACUAAUCGUCUGUUUUUCUGUAAUUGAUAAAAAAUAUGCAUUUUGUUGUGUUACUUUGUAAUUUAGUGGACCUAUUCUUCGUUUGUUUAGUUAUUCUGAAUAUUCAGAUAGUUUUAAUACACAAAAAAAUCAAUAAAAAUCAUAAUAAUCUUUAUAAUUGUAAUCAUAAUCAUUCUAAUUAAUCACUAUAAUUAAUUAGCUACUAGACGUUUAGUGCAAUAACUUUAUAGUUAAGUUUUCUAUGUUUUUAAUGUAUCAACAUAAAACUAUGUUUGUCUGAAUCUAUGCCGAGUUGCUUGUCACAAAUGUACCAUAAUUGAAUUAAUAAGACGUAAUUAUUAAUGACCAAAACAAUUCUUAUUAUUUGCCACGAUAGUCAUAGUGGGCAUAAGCCUGCCUAAGCUACUGGGAGGCUCUCCACCUGCAUCUCGUAAGUAUACAAACAGUAGAGCGAGCAGGUGGGAGGGGGGGGGGGUUGUGGGUUUGUUUGGUUCGUACAAGAUUUGAACCCGUGACAGGUGUGUUACAUUGUUGAUAUGUAUAUGAAAAUCGAUUCCAAAAAACGUAUAUGUAAAAUGACUGAAAGAAUAAACAAUGGACAAUUUUUUUUUUAACAUUAAUAAUUAUUUUUUAUAAUUCAUUCCUGGAUGAUCGUUUUUGGAUGGCGAUUUUACGUAGUAUAACUCGCCGAAAGAUGAUAUCUAUUUGAAGAAAUUAAUUUGUAACUUGAGAUUUCGUUAAAAAGCUCGAACAGAUUGAGAAAUGGAAAACAGAGAGAUGGUAGGAAAUUCAAAAUGCGCAGACGCUCUCUAUUUCCCCGCCAUCGUCAAGCAAUUGACAGCUGACAGGUGCUUCCAGUCGCCGGAAGCAUAUCCGACUGUAGACUAUAGGAGUUGGUAGAAAAUUUUAAAAGUUUUUGUUGUACAGGUUACAGCAAAAGCUGUAAAAUGAAUUAAGAAGAAGAGCAUACAUGCAAUUCGUUGUGUGUUAGUUGGAAUACAAAGUGUUUCAAAAGCGUGGAAAAUACAUACAUAUUGAUCGUGUUUCAUUGAAUGAUAAAUAACAAAUACUCAUGCAAAAAUGUUUAAUUUUUAUACAUGACACUGUACGAAAGUGUACAAAAUGCUUGACUUAUUUUUCUCUUCAGUUUUCGUAUUACCCUCUUAUCAUUACCACUAUAUCGUAUAGAAAAAACAGUAGACAAAAUUGCACAAGGAUGCUGUAGAGAGCGAAAAAGACUUUCGUGAGAGAAAAAGGAGUGUUUUUCUUCUCCAAUUUCAAAAUUUUCUCUCUUACAUUCUCGAUUUUAGCCAGCGUAUGUAUAGUUGUUAAUGCAAUGCUAUGUGCUGUCUCUCUCUCGCUAGUCGGAUCUCUUUAACAUUUAAAGUACUCACCGAAAGGGACGAAAGAGUUGUGCCUAUUUUGCGCGUGUCUGCGUGGUCGCCUUCCGGCGGAAACGAAUCUGUUCAACCGAAAGCUUGCCCAUAGAGGACAGGUCCUCUCAGUCGUGGAGCAAUCGUUGUGUCGUUCGGUUAGAGAAAGGAAAGCAAUGCGCUCGGCUUGAGUGACCCUAGUUGCCAAGCCAACGGACGCGGGAAACGGGUCCAGGGUUUCCGCUACACCAGCAGCCAGGCAAUGCGGUUGGCGUCGUAGGGUGAUCGGUAACCCUCCCAGGAUAUAGCAGCUUGCGGCAACUCGACCACUUAACAAGGGUACGCGCGUCCCGUAUCGUCUGUGCCAGGCGAAGACGAAACAGAAAGUUGGCUCUAUUUGAGUUGCUUCUUGUAUUCGUUCGGUAAAGUCCGAGGCUAGUGAAAUUGAAAAGAACUUUGCAAGCUUGUGAAGCAGUGGUAGUGAGCGGUUGGUAGCGCAAGUGAAAAAUACGACAAAAACACACACCAUGUGGUUGCGCUCGUUCAUUUCCAUCAAACUCCUUGCCGGUACUGCAAUGGAGCUAAGUAGGCAUCAGCCAAAGCGUGAGCAUUGCAUCGUGUCAGUUACUGUUCCUGUUAGUGUGGAGGUAGAAAAGAAGUUUUACCAAAGUGUGUUGCGGCAUGUUUAGGCGGGAAUGAUUGCAUCCUGAAGCAGAGCGCAUAAUAUGCUGGAAACGGUGCAAAACGCAUAAUGCAUUUAAGAAAAUCAAAUGCUCAUACUGUGUAAUGUGCGAAAAUGUAAGCUCUUUAGAUAAGUUAGUAAAGUGAAUCUAAUGCACGAUUGUGUGAAAUUAGGCAAGGUCUGUGCUAAAGUAUUUGUAAGCUAAAUAUAGCAAAUAAAUGAAACCCUUGCCAGUAUGCAAAGUUAAUGUUUCCGGCUUGGGCACACCGAUCAUUACUAGUGUCCGGUUAAGUGACAUCACACGAUUCGAAUCAUUGUGUAUCUGUUAGGUGCAUUGCCUUGGAACGUUCGCGUGGAAGCGGACCUACCGAGGAAAACACCUUCCGCUUUCGGUCCCCCUUGUCCACCAGACGAAAUUUGCAGUGAAAAAUAAGUGAAGCAAGAAGUGUGUGCAGUAGUGUUUGUGUGUAUGUAAAUGUGUAUGUGCUAGUGGGAGAAUAUAGUACAUGAGUGCAGUUUCCGUGAACGCGUACGUGUAUCUGUGCUUGUAAAAGUGAACGUGUUAGUAAAACGGUGUAUCCCACAUUCAUCCCAAAUACUGCUUGCCAGUAAGUACAAUGCAGGUGGAUGCACAAUGUUGUUUCGUGCUGAUUGCAAUACCAGCAGAGGGAAACGAUUGGAAUGUGUGCAGUGUGUGAAUAUGGCCAGUUGAAGCCUAAACCUUUGAUGACGUAUGACCGAGAUGCACGAUUGUAUCGAGUGUGAUAUUAUUUAGAGUGUGCUCACCAGUGAGCUGGUGAAAGAAUAAGAUAAAAGAUUGGAGAAUAAUCUAUAGGAAUUUUUACACUGAAAGUGACGGAAUAAGCAUGGCAUGUACCAACAGGAUGUGGAAUAACCGAGUAUCGCUAAUGUUGUUUUUCUUCGUUUUAUGGAUAAGCGGGGAACUGACAGCGGCUUUCGAUUCUCAUCUUCGGGGGCCGUCAUUUGUGAUGGAACCACCGUCGCGCCUCGAGUUCUCCAACUCUUCCGGUGGCUGGCUGGACUGUUCUGCCUCAGGAAGUCCACAGCCCUCUAUCGACUGGCUAUCGGUGGAUGGGACAUCCGUCGGUGAUGUCGGAGGUGUUCGGCGAGUUCUGCGGAACGGGACACUAGUACUGCUGCCGUUUCCUGCCACUGCCUACCGGCAAGACAUCCAUAGUACAAUCUAUCGAUGCGUAGCGUCGAACACGGUCGGACGGGUCAUCUCACGCGAUGUGCAGGUCCGAGCAGUGGUUGCUCAAGCAUACAAAGUUGACGUUGAGGUGUUGGCAGCUUCCCGCGGCUGUACCGCGAUCCUGCGUUGUGUAGUGCCUAAUUUUGUUAAGGAGUUAGUACGGGUUGUCUCCUGGGUGCAGGAGCCGGCGUUCUACAUUUAUCCGUCGCUGCAAGGAGAUGGCAAGUACCACCUGCUACCGACGGGCGAGCUGCUGAUACACAAUUUAGAGUAUAACGAUCGCUACCCAUCCUACCGGUGUCGGACGAUGCAUAAACUCACGAGGCAGGUUGUCACAAGCAAUUCGGCUAAGAUACGGAUGAACGAACAACGAGGAAUAGUUUCGCCAAGUGUCGUCGAGCAUACGUCGCACGUCGCCGUGUCACAGGACGAAGGAGCUGUGCUGCUGUGUGUCGCUCAAGGUUGUCCAUCGCCAGAGUACCGAUGGUACACACACAACGGUCCCGAACCGAUUCCCGUAUCCUCCGGACCUCGGAUACGAUUGCUCGGUCCGGUGCUGGCAAUCGAAGCCGUCACCGCCGAGGACGGUGGAGUCUACAAAUGUUCUGCGUCGAAUGCCGGCGGUGAAGCGAGUGCCGAUCUGCGACUAACCGUGUCCACGCCGAUUCACGUGGAAAUCACUCCAAAUGUGCUCAGUGUACACAUGGGUGGUACGGCGGAGUUUCGCUGCCUGGUCACUGCCAACGGAAUGUCGGCGGGCCCGCAGCACAUAACCUGGUUUAAAGAUGGCCGCCAGCUGCCCAGUUCCGGGCGUGUGGGCGAUACACUGCAGGUGACCGGAGUGACGCGCGAAGACAAGGGCAUGUAUCAGUGUGUAGUGCGUCGCCAGGAAGGGGAUUCCUUCCAAGCAUCAGCCGAAUUGCAACUAGGAGACGCACCCCCGUCAUUGGUGUAUAGCUUCAUCGAACAAACGCUGCAGCCUGGACCAGCAGUUUCGCUCAAAUGUUCGGCACAAGGCAACCCGACGCCACAAAUCGCCUGGACGCUGGAUGGAUUUCCGCUACCAACAAACGGCAGGUUCAUGAUUGGCCAGUAUGUAACCGUACACGGGGACGUCAUCAGUCACGUAAAUAUCAGCCACGUGAUGGUGGAAGACGGCGGCGAAUACUCGUGUGCCGCGGAAAACCGUGCCGGAAAGACAUCUCAUUCCGCAAGGCUCAACAUUUACGGAUUACCGUACAUUCGCCUAAUACCGAAAGUCACCGCCGUAGCCGGGCAUACCUUAUACCUGAAGUGCCCGGUAGCGGGCUAUCCGAUCGAGGAAAUUCACUGGGAGCGGGGCGGCCGCGAGCUGCCGGAGGAUAUGCGCCAGAAGGUGCAGUCAGACGGCACGCUCGAGAUCAAGGAGGUGCAGAAAUCGCUCGACUCCGGUGUCUACACGUGCUGGGCACGGAACAAACAGGGGCACAGUGCGCGACGCAGCGGCGAAGUAGCGGUCAUAGUGCCGCCUAAGUUGAACCCGUUCCACUCGUCCAUCCUUUCGCUGAACGUUGGCGAUCGGGCUUCGAUCACCUGUUCCGUCAUCAAGGGCGACAUACCGCUCACCAUCACCUGGCGCAAGGACGGUCGUCCGAUCGAUCCUACCCAGCGCAUGUCCGUGACACAGGUCGACCAGUACAACUCCAUCCUGCUGAUCGAGAAUCUGACCGCCGAUCAUACCGGCAACUAUUCAUGCGUUGUACGCAACACUGCCGCCGAAACGGAAGGCCAUCAGUCGCUGCUGGUUAAUGUUCCACCCCGUUGGGUGGUCGAGCCGACGGACGUGAGUGUCGAACGGAACCGUCACAUUAUGCUUCACUGCCAGGCUCAGGGAGUACCGGUACCGACGAUUCUUUGGAAGAAAGCAACAGGAAGUAAAUCCGGUGACUACGAAGAGGUGCGGGAGCGACCGUACACGAAGCUACUGGCGAACGGGUCGCUAUUGCUGCAGCACGUCAAGGAAGACAGAGAAGGAUUUUACCUUUGCCAGGCAAACAACGGCAUUGGUACCGGAAUCGGGAAAGUUAUACAGCUUAAAGUGAACUCCUCUCCCUACUUUGCUGGACAAUCCAAGAUGGUCACGGUGAAGAAGGGCGACACAGCCAUCAUGCAGUGUGAGGUGAAGGGUGACAAACCGAUAAAUGUUGUUUGGCUGCGCAAUGGAAAACACGAGCUCAACCCAUCCACGAAUUAUCGCGUCUCGAUUAAGCAAGACGCUACGCCGGAGGGCAUCUCGGCCGAGGUGCAAAUAUCGAACGUAGAUAGCAGCGACAGUGGAGCAUACUUCUGCCAGGCCAGCAAUCUGUACGGGCGAGAUCAGCAGCUGGUUCAGCUACAGGUACAAGAGCCACCCCAACCACCGUCCUCGCUUGAGGCCGCUACGGUUUCGAGCAGAGUGGUGAACCUAAAGUGGCAGCCGCGCGGUGGUGACGCGGCAGAAGUUUCCAAGUACAUCGUUGAGUAUCGCGAGAUUGACCGACAGUGGCAGUACAUCGAGAUAUCUGAUCCGCCCGCCUAUUCAACUAUCAUCGAGAACCUAAAACCAGCGACCAACUAUGUGUUCAGAAUAAUUGCCGAGGGUCCAGCUGGUCGGAGCUCGCCGAGUCAGGAAUUGUUCAUUAAAACCGAUCCGCAACGACCGGCCGGACCACCGCUCAAUCUCGGCGCUCGACCAAUUUCCUCCACCGAGAUACUGAUCACCUGGAUGCCACCGUCGUACGAGCUGCGGCACGGUGAAAUACAGGGCUACAACAUCGGUUACCGUUCGAUGCAUGCCACGACAAACAGUUACAACUUCACCUCUAUCUCGGGCGAUGGGGAGGAUGGCACUGGAGAGUUACUGCUGGGUAAUUUGGCCAAGUACACGCGGUACACGAUCGUUGCGCAAGCGUUCAAUCAAGUCGGACCGGGACCUCUGUCCGAACCGGUCACCGCACAAACGAUGGAAGACGUUCCAAGCAAACCGCCGGAAGACAUUCGCUGUAUGGCGCAGAGCUCCACAUCGAUCCAGGUGUCUUGGCAGCCACCGCAAGCGCACCACACGAACGGGCUUCUGCAGGGGUACAAGGUGUUCUACGAGUGUGCUACCGAAGAUGCGAUCAGCAGUGGCGAGAUGGAGACGCGCAAGACCACCUCCUUAACGAUACACCUGUCCAACCUGCGCAAGUUCUCCAACUACAGCAUUCAAGUGUUGGCGUACACGCGCAUGGGUGACGGUGUGAUCUCUACACCCUCCUUCUGUCACACCGACGAAGAUGCGCCCGAGGCACCGGCCGAUAUCAAAAUUGCCAUCAGCUCACCAUCGUCGCUGUACGUGUCGUGGCUUCCCCCGCGAGACCCAAAUGGCAUCAUAACCAAGUACAACCUCUACAUGCGGGCUGUUAACGGAAGGGAGGAGCUGAACAACGACAAGCGAAACCUUCAAGCGCACCAGCACCACUUCGAAGCGAAGCAGCUGCAAAGCCACACCGAGUACCAGUUCUGGGUGUCCGCUUCCACCCGGGUCGGUGAGGGUAAAAGCUCACGCGUCGUUUCUCAGCUCACGUCGAACCGCGUACCGGCAAAGAUUGUCUCAUUCGGUGGGCUCACCAUACGACCGUGGAAAUCGUCCGCCUCCCUAAACUGCAUGGCAGUGGGACAACCGAGGCGCGAGUGGUUCAAGGGUGACACAUUGCUACGUCCCGGUACGCAACAUAACAUUCAGCUGCUCGAUUCAGGCGAGAUUAUCGUGACAAUGUUGCAAACAAGCGACACCGGUAAUUACACCUGCCAGGUUGACAAUGGUAUCGGUACGGAUCGGCUUACGCACAAUCUGCUAGUACAAGUUCCUCCCGGGCCGCCGGUACUGUACGUCACCAGUGCGACUUCCAGCAGCAUUCUACUGCACUGGAAGAUUGGAUCGACGGGCAACGCACCGAUCACGGCGUUCUCGCUCCAUUACCGGCGAGUACACGGAAAUCUCGAGGAGAUGCAACUGUCGCGCCAUGCAUCCAGCCAUGAUCUGAAGGGCCUGUUCUGUGGCAGUACCUAUCAGGUAUACCUGGUGGCACACAACAAGAUCGGAUCGUCCUCCGCCAGCACCACACUAAACGUCAAAACUCAAGGGCAACCUCCGGGCAUUCCACCCGACUCCGUACUGAUAGCGCCAAAUUCAACGUCCGUGGUGCUACGACUGAAUGGGUGGCCGGACAACGGUUGUCCCAUUAUGUACUUCGUGCUGCAGUACCGAUCCGUAUCGACAGGGCUGGAUGACGAGUGGCAUCUGGUGUCGAAUGCGCUCAAGCCGCAGCGACGCUUCACCCUUUCCGGACUGUUGCCAUCCACGAUGUACCGGCUCAAGAUGGAGGCGCACAAUGUAGCCGGUUCGACCAAUGCCGAGUAUACGUUCUGGACGCUCACAAAAGACGGAGACCCACCACCACCAGAACUAGUACAAAGAGGACAUCGUUCUCAAAUUUUUUAUAACAAUAUUCAACUUCUGAUACCGAUCAUCAUCACCAUCACCGCCACAAUCAUUUGCAUUGCUUUCACAGUGGUUUGUUACAAAUACCGCCAAAGAGGCCGUCAGCGAAAAGACACAAUGGAAAGCCAGCAAACUACUGAUGCACAGCGGGAUCGAUAUUACGCUACAAUUCAUAAGGUAGCACUGCAGGCCGGUGACAAAAUACCUGAAACAUCCGAGGACAUCUCGCCCUACGCUACGUUCCAGCUAUCAGAAGCCAGCACACUUGCCCAACCUCACCACAGCGGGCCUGCAAACACUUUGCUCCAUUCCUUCAUGUACCACGAACGCGCCAUGACCGAGGGUUGCGCCUCGCCACCACCAGCAGCGGUACUGAGACUUCACAAUCAAUCACCAUACUACAAUAUUAACUCGUCCAAGGGCCGCCGAAGACACUCGCGCAAAACGGAACCUGAAAGCGAGGAGUCAGAUUCGGACCCAGAUCAGUUAACGUCGAGCAGAACCGAAUCGUCCAAUCAGCUGGACGCGAAGAUGAAGCACAGUAAGGAUCUGGACGUGGCAGCUGGCGGCCCAGGCGACCACGGCUAUAACCCGAACCACUAUAUGCGUUCUAUUCCAGGUCUAAUUUAUCACGGCACGCAAUCGAGCACAUCGUCCGAUUUAUCGCCGAUGUCCGAACAAAAGUCGUUACCUCGGCGUGGCCGUUCAAGUCAAAGUCAAACGCACCACAUCUACAUGCCCAGGGGUACGAUGCGAUCACUGCUGACACCGCUCCAUCUGCCAGACGGUAGUGCGCCGGGCGGUGGCCCGCUGUUCCAUCAGGUCCCGAUCGAGGGAGGCACACCGGAUCGGAUCGAGCUGUCCGAGGCCGAGUGCGACAUCGAUACGAUCAAGAAGCUUAAGCUGGGCAUGCGAUCGUCACUCUGGUCGAGGCCGAAUCAGAGCAACAGCACCGCGGCCGGACCCACCGGAGGGUCCAACAGUAACAGCAGUAACAACAACAUUAACAACAACAACGGUGGCAGUGGCAACAACAACAGCGCCAGCAGCAACAAUAACAACAAUGGAAACAGUGGCAUUGUGGGUAGCAUCAUGGGUGGCACUGGUGGUGGAAAUGCUACCGGACAUCCUUCCGAUUACUCGAUCGCCGUGUAAGCUGUGUCAGCGCUUUCGGAUCUCGGGUUAAAGAAUCAAAACCAAGCAGGACAACAGGUCGGCAAUCGUUCUCAGUAUUCCUUUUUAAGUGUAUAAGUAGCCCACGGAGCCAACGUUGUAGCAGAUAACAAGAUAGGACGAUAAUCGUUAGACUAAAAACUAAAAACAAGACAAAACAAAACAUUAUGUCACGUAGAGCGUGGAAUCAUUCCAUUACCUUCUGUAGGUCUUUAAACUGUCACCGUUUUCACUCUCUCCUGUUGCUACCACCGAUAUGCAGUGUGCGAGGUGGAAUGCUCAAUCAAAAGUAGGUAACGUUUUAUAUACACUUAACAAGAAGAAAUGCACUAUACACUAGCAACAACUUAAAAGGGGAGGUUGAAAAGUUGGAAAACGACCAUGCAGCUGGAUUCGAAUGAUCACAAGAAUCGUCCUUUUCUUAGGCUAGCUAGUGAAAAUUAAAAUGCAAAUUCUACCUAGAUCUCACGUAACCAUUGUGUGCGCGAGUGUGCGUCAGUCAAAGCCUGACAAGGUAAAUGUUGUGGAACGAAACUUUUUUUUCAGCUUUGAACACGAGUGUGCCAACUGUACUUCCUUCGCUCUUAUUGGUUGCCUUCCUAUCUACUACAAGUCCGCAAGCUUUAACUCCAUUGUUGGCAUAUAAACAAAUUUAAAUUUUACCCAAUCAAAUUGGCCGUUAACUGUCGGAGAUGUCGCCAUGAAGAUGCAUAUUUGUCGGAAUAAUUUUAUACUUUAUUCUUAGUGGGUUUUGAUUUUGUUUAAUUUGAUAAUGUAGAUCGCGUUUGAAUUACGCUUCAAAAGGACAACAGUUUCACAAAUGAACCAGAUUCUGAAUGACAGGACAAAAGGAAUCUAACAUAAGAAAAGGCAUACAAUGGCAAUGUAUGAAACCAAAUACACUACUACAGCAAGGAUUUUGUAAUCUGUGUAUAAAGACUGAAUUUUCAUUACUACAUUCUUAACUUUUAAAGUCUGCAGUUAAGUAGAAUGGUUCCGGAUACACAUACACACACAAACACUCAUACAAAUUAUGAAAGAACCACGAAAAACAUGAACAAAUCGUCUCACAACUUGCACGGGCUCCAACUGGAUGUUCCUUAACUGUCUGGGCCGGUCCGACUCCGGUCCGGGAUUGUUGCAUUUAGCGAAAAGAGUAGUCGAUCUUUUUGUCUUACUUACCGUAUCUCCUGCAAUCAGAAUGAGCGGCCGAUGGUGCAUCGAAUGCUUGCAAUACAGUACAUAAGGUUGCUUCCAGUAUCCGCUGUCCGCAUGCUGUCUUGCCACGCAGUGCGGUCACGGGACGGAGCUGAGGAUUUGUUCGAUAGAGCGGGUAUCAGAGCGGUGUAUACCACAAUCAAAUUUACAAAAUGGCCGAUAACUAUAGGCUUUGAGCGAUUUGCUAGCAGACAAAGGGCGUUAUGCAGCAGCAGUAUAGACUAGAAUAAAACAAAGAAACAAACAAAAAAUAAAACUGCAAGCAGUACAGAGAUUCUUUCGACAGGAACAGUUUUGCAAAGCUGAUAUCCAUACAUUAGUUUGUAGUCCCGAGAAAUGCAAAUUACGUACGCACACACACACACACACUAGCGAUAGAUCGACAGAGGCACGAUUUUCUUUUGCUGUCUACCAAAUAUAAUAGAAAUGGUUACUAGUUUACAAUAUACAUUGAAAAUCUACCAUCAGACGUACUGUUUUACCGAUAAAAACUAAGAAAAAUGUAAACACUCACAUAGCGGCAAAGCGAUAUCUGUUUGCAUGAUUGUUUCCUUGUAGGCACUGAUGUGGAACAAAAAUCAGCAGUAUAUCCCAAAGCACUAUCUCGAUUAUGAAUGUAUACUAUUAAAAGUUCAUCGUUUUGCUACGUGACUUUUUUUAUGGAGAACUGUUUUCUUUUUCUUAUCCGCCAAAAGGGCUAUUUGAUUUUAUUUUACUACAAACGAAUCAAUCCGUUAGUACAGGCGAAAAAGCAUUUCAGGCUUUCCGUCUUUCCGAUUGUUAUUUUACUGAUGUAUGGACUGAUGUUUUGACUUUGUUUUUGAUGCUAUUGAAUAUCAUGUUACGUACUUUUGAAGAUCAGGAAUUUAUCUGUCACAAAUAGUCGUGGUUGCAGACAUACACUGCUAGAUACUAGAACUAAUGUCUGUAUCAUACGGUAGACAACAUAAUUCACCGACAUGGAGAUGCUUGGAAGGAGGUUCAUGCACAAACCGAUACGCCGCUAUAUAGCAUACAGUUAGUUUAAAAAAAAAUCGUAGCCAAACAGUGUGAAUCCGGUAGUUAAGCGUUAGAAGGCCAAACAUCGAACUGUACGAAUUUAUUGAUGAGCAAAACCAAGCCUAUUCACAGCAAUUCAGCAUGUAGAAGAAAGUAUAAGCAAAACAAAACAGACAACUCAUAUUUAAAAACGAUACAAUUUAUCAUAUAAAGUCGUCCUCAGGACGGAAAUUAUACAAUUUCCCACUCAAUCGUACACACACGUUGACUCAUGCUUACUAAAACAUCAGACAUCGAUGUGAGAUGUUUAAAGCGAGUGUGAAAAUUGCAACCCAUUUUUACUAAAGGUACACAGCUUUUUCAUUAAUUACAUUCAUUUAAGCUGAAUAAAACCACUAACCUAAGUGGUAGCUAGUUAUGUUACACGUUUGAAUUUUUUAUAUGUAUAUUUUAAGGCUAAGCCAUGUUAAUGAAGUAUGUUACGAAUUACACAGGAAAGGGCACUGGCAAAUAAUUUGUUUAAUUUUAAUUAUGAUUUUUGCUAAUUAAAAUUUCAAAGUGGCAUCAAAUAUUAAUGCCGUUUGAUUUUGUUUCGGCGAAAACUAUAUAAACAAAUUCGGUUUUAUUUCAUACAAAAGACUCGUUCAAUGUGCACACCACACCAGAAGCAGCGUACUCGACAACAAAGACAGAACCAAAUUCUGCACUGUGAGUACAUCACUCUUGCAAUAUACACGCCAUACAGCAAAAGUUUCGGCAUAUCUUUUUCGGCCAAUUUGUACAAUUGAGACUAGGAUAGCAAGAAAAGCGAAAUCUGAUAGUACAGGUGAGAGAUGAGAAAAAAGACAUGAAAUAAAAACAACAAACAAACAAAAAGGUGAUCAAAAUUAAAAUUAAAUUUUUACAACAAAAAAACAAAAAAAAAAACAAAUACAACCGAUAAAGCAGGGCUCGUAGUACUCAUAAGCAAAGUAAAACGAUGGACAAGCACAUGAAAUGUCAACAGAGCAUUAUUAUUACAUCUGAAACAAAAACACAAUAAACUGCCCUACACGAAUUAUACGCGAUGAAAACGAAAACUCAAACAGAAAUUAAGAACUUUUAAUUAUGAUUAACUGCAAACAUAUUGAGACUCAUUGCCGCAUCCCGAGUAUCCACAAAUGAGUCCAAUUGAAACUGAUGUGCGAAAAUGUAAGGUAUAUUGUAGGUAAAUAGAUAUAUAUAUACAUAAAUAUAAAUGUGUGACCGAAAAGAGAAGAGCAAAAUGACGGUAAAAGAUUAAACCAUCGUUGUGUCUGAUAGCAUGAAUGUUUCUGUUACUGAAUGAAGUGUAUAAAAACAGCUAUGAUUGAAGAUUAAAACAAGAAAUGAAAAAAAAACAAGUAUAGAUUUAAUUAGGGUGCGCGGAAAAGACACGAAACACUAGCAAACGUAGCAAAGCUAUUCGGUGAAGGAGCAAAGCCAACAAAACAAAAAAACGAUGAAAUAUUACUGAGAUGUUCGAUACAUAAUAUGAAAGUAGCCAAUCAUGAAGUCAGUGCUAAAGCAUUCAAAAUACAAAAAAUAUUCCACAAAAGAACACCUCGAACAAAGCAAACCGGCAACUGAAGCAACACUAUACAUUAGAUAUGAGUACAUCAGUCAGCUAACAGACUUUUAGUGUCGUAGAUAACCAUUGACUACAGAAUUCCAAUCCAAAAUUCAAGUAUUAAACAAAAAAAACAACUUUCUAACGGUAUAAGAAAAGGAACAUGUUCACACUCUGAGUACGAUUAAAAAGGAAUGAAAAAAAACGAUAGAGAAAGAGAGCAUUAAAUUAAAUGUACGAGUCAAACCAAAGGCACACGCGUACUUUCCAAAAUGGAAUACAAAUGUGCGUAAACUUAACAAACAGAAAGGACAGGAAACGAGGAACUUAAAAAUAAUAUGUUAAUAAAAAAAGACAUUGUUUGUAUUUAA